AUGGCUGUACAAAGACGUAUUGCUCAAGGUUCUGCGUGUAAAGAUUGGUGUUGGACUAUUAAUAAUUACACUCCAGAGGAUUGCGAACUUCUAGAACAUGUGGAAGUACAGUACAUAUGCUACGGGCGGGAAAUCGGCGCUAGCGGCACUCCUCACUUACAAGGUUUCAUGCAGUUGAAGAAGAGAAUGCGACUCACAGCGAUUAAAAAGAUUGCUCCUUUCAACAAAGCCCACCUAGAACAGCGACGCGGGACUGCACAAGAGGCGAAGGAUUACACAAGCAAGGAUGACGAGACCACCUGGGUAGAGAGAGGCUACAUGACAGAGCAAGGGGUAGGCCAGUUAAAGAACUUAACGGAUAUGGCAUUGAAAGGGCAUGACGCCGAAGAUCUCUAUGAGCAAGACGGGGGCUGCUAUGUAUCCCACAAGAGAAAAAUCGACGAAGCAGUUGGAGCAAUAAAGCAAUGCCAGGAGAAGAAACGCUUGAAGACAGCAAUGAGCGAGGGCAACGUACAACUUAAGACGUGGCAGGACUGGGCAGUACAUCACCUAGACUGCCAGAAUGACCGGAAGGUACUUUGGAUUGAAGAUCAAGCUGGGGACACAGGAAAGACCUUCCUCGCCAAGUGGCUUGUAGCAAACAGGGACGCCAUCUGCUUCCAGGCAGGGAAGAAAGCCGAUAUUUUCUACAUGUACCAUGGUGAGAAAUACAUUGUCUUUGACUUAACUAGAUCUGUCGGGGAGGAGUUCGUCCCCUAUCACGUCAUGGAAGCUUUCAAGAAUUCCAUGUGGAACAAUACUAAAUAUAAAAGUGCCUCCUAUGUCAUGGUUGAGUCACCUAAGCUUCUGGUGCUCAGCAACUCUCUACCCUGCUUGAAGAAAAUGAGCCGCGACCGCUGGGAUAUUCAUCGCCUGGAAAGGAGCAACUCCAUCGCUGAUGAUAACGUCAUAUGGAGGGAUUUCGACGAGAAUGGGCCAUGUCCAUGCAACAAAUGCUCUGAGUGGACAGAACGUUGCCAUUGUAACCAGUAG